GCGGCGGAAGGGCCCGUGAGGAGCCGGGAGCUGCCGCCGCCGCCGAAGGAAGCCGUUGCCGUCGCCACCCUCAGUCUCCGCCUGAACCGGGAGGGAAGAGGCCUGCGCAGCCCUCAACAUGAACAAGUUGAAAUCAUCACAGAAGGAUAAAGUGCGUCAGUUUAUGGUCUUCACGCAAUCUAGUGAAAAGACAGCAGUGAGUUGUUUGUCCCAAAAUGACUGGAAGUUAGAUGUUGCAACAGACAACUUUUUCCAAAAUCCUGAACUUUAUAUACGAGAGAGUGUUAAAGGAUCAUUGGACAGAAAGAAGUUAGAACAACUAUAUAACAGAUACAAAGAUCCUCAAGAUGAAAAUAAAAUCGGUAUAGAUGGUAUACAGCAGUUUUGUGAUGAUCUAGCUCUUGACCCAGCCAGCAUUACUGUACUCAUCAUUGCAUGGAAAUUCCGAGCUGCAACACAGUGUGAAUUUUCAAAGCUGGAAUUCAUGGAUGGUAUGACUGAGCUAGGAUGUGACAGCAUAGAAAAACUGAAGGCCCAGAUUCCUAAAAUGGAACAAGAAUUAAAAGAGCCAGGAAGAUUUAAGGAUUUUUAUCAGUUUACUUUCAACUUUGCAAAGAAUCCAGGACAGAAAGGUUUAGAUUUAGAAAUGGCCAUUGCCUACUGGAAUUUAGUACUUAAUGGAAGAUUUAAAUUUCUAGACUUGUGGAACAAAUUUUUGUUGGAACAUCAUAAAAGAUCAAUUCCUAAGGAUACCUGGAACCUUCUUCUAGACUUUAGCACAAUGAUAGCAGAUGAUAUGUCUAACUAUGAUGAGGAAGGUGCAUGGCCAGUUCUUAUUGAUGACUUUGUGGAAUUUGCACGCCCUCAAAUUGCUGGGACAAAAAGUACGACAGUGUAGCACUAAAGGACCCUUCUAGAGUGUACAUAGUCUGUACAAAUACCUGAAAUGGAAAAUUGCACAGUCAAUUUCUGCUGGCUGGACUGAACUGAAGAUCAAUCCUCACAAUAUGGCUGAGGGUUGAGACAAACCUUUAAGGAUACAUCUUGGACCAUAUCGUAUUUCAUUCUUCUACUGGUGGUUUGGGCUUUUCUUCUAGUCUGGACCACUCUUGCCCAUUAAAAUUCCAACAUUGUGGAUUUCAUCAUGGAAUUACUAUUUUUUUUUUUUUGUGGACCACCCUUGUUUCAUCUCCCAUAAGCCCUAGAAGCUUUAUAAUUAUUUUGAGGUUUCUGGUUUCACAUAAAGCACAAUGCUGGUCAUCAUCAGGCAACUGUUGUAUGGCAUCUGAAUUAUACAGAUCAACAUCAAAACAGUUUUUAAAAGAAUCCUUAAAUAUACACUUGGGGCUAGUUGCAAAGACUGCAUUGAUAGCACUUCCUGCAAGAGUGAUGUAUUUAAGUGUACUGGGUCUGAUAUUGUGUGUUUUUUUCUGGAAAAGUGCAGGUAUCAUCUAAGUGACUUUGAGUAUCUGGUAAAAGCGAUUAUGGAAAUAACCAGGAAAACCCCAGGUUGUUGAUACUGGCCUAUCUAGGUGCCUGUCUGAAGAGUUUGACUGUAGAUCAGCUGAGUGCGAGCACAGCCGUGGUACGACACAAGUGCUGUGCACCUGAAGCCCCUGUGUUCAGAGUCGGCCUCUGGUGAGUGUCCUGGAGAGAAGCUGAGUGUGUCAUGAUAGCAUCUAAUAUGCUCGAGGUUAUUAAUCUAAGAAAUCAGAUUUCAGUACAGUUUGGAAAUGCUUGGCUGUCUGUCAAAGGAAGGUUUUUCAUUUCUGUGGAAAUCUAAAACUUGAAUAUACUGAAUUUGUGUCUUAAGUAUUUGCUACACAAUACAGUAUUUUGGAAUUUUUAUGGUUGAGGUAUGAUGGAACAAAUGGCCCUGUUGUACAAGAAGCUUGUGAGUUUGAUGUGAAUCUUAUGUUUUGAAACCAUUAUUCUGAGAAGUUAGUUAAAUCUUAAUAACAUACAGGUACUGUCAUUAUGGAUGACACCCGUUUUUUUUAAAUUAUUUUGCUGAGUUUCCCUUGAUAGACAUAUCACUGUGGUUGCCGAAUACAGAAAUUAAGAGUAAAGCUUUCCCAAACAAGCACAGAUCAGAUAGAAACUACUACACUGGCUUUGUUUGCUUAAAUUAUUUUGUUGAUCCAUCACUACUUACUGCAUUUAACUAAAUAAUUUGUUUCGUUUAAAACAGGUUUUAUCAGAUGCAACUCUUCUUUAUUUUUAAUAUUACAAGAGCUCUUGAGCUGCUUUUGUGGUGCAGCUUUUCUUUUACUCCUCACUGAAGUUACUUGUGAAGAGAUUUGAUAAAUACUAAGUGAAACAAGCUGGAACCCACCAAGCUCCAGGAAAAAAAUAUAGUGACAAGUAAAGAUAGAGAUUUAAGUCCAUGCUCUAAAUAGUCCCAUGUGAGGUGGAAUUCUUUUUGAAAUGAGUAAUAAUUGGCACUUGCAGUAAACAGCAGAACAGUUUUAUGUGAAUGCUAAAGUAUUUUAGGAAAAAAAUUACUAUUAAACUGCUAAAAAUGUUUUAUUUGUAUUCAGUGAAGUUGACCAGGUUAGCUCUCCUUGUGGCAGUGCUCUUUUAAGGAAAGUCAGUUCUGCAUUUACUUCAAGAACACAGUUCCACAAAAACACCGCAAACUUCCUCCAGCUGCUGGAAUUGGCUCUGCGAAAAAUGGUGUGUUUUGCUGCUUUCAGUAUUUGCUUUCUCAGUUUUGUGUAAAUAUAAGUGGGGACUUGAACUUCUGGGGUGGGGAGGGGGUGGAAAAAAAAAAAAGCAAGCAGCUCUACAAGGUCUCUAUCUCUGUGUGCUGUUGCUGUCCUGAGAGUUUUGGUACCUUUGCAGGUUAUUUCAAGCAUCCUGCGUUUGGCGAGGAGAACUGACUUGCUUUUUCUCCCAAUGCAGACUUGUCCCUCAAAAAGUCUGAGCUUGGGUAGUGGCGUUUUAAAGAAUAUUCCUUUUGAUUGCCAGAUCUUUUCAGCAAAAUAGUGUUGUCAUCAGUUUGGUACUACACGCUUAUAAUUACUGUGUAAUUAUAAAGAAAUACAACUUUGGACUAUGUUGCAGAAAAGGGUUGUUUGUGCUUAUGAUGGCAUCUUAAAAGUUUUUCCAUAUGAGUGACUGAAGUUGAAAGCAACGUUGAUUUAACAGGGUGUUGUUCUAAGGAGAAAAUGCCUGGUUACAGGGAAUAUUUUGUAUUGAAACAUGCUUGGAUGUGGCCACGUGUUUUUUUUCCUUUAUAUAUUUGUGUGGGGUUUUUUUGUUUGUUUGUUUUGUUUUGUUUUUUAAGAAUGCAGACAGUUGCUUACUUGGAUUGCUUUAAUUCGUAAGUGCUUAUGUCUUCAAUUUGAUGAUCUCCCCUUAAAUGGAUCAAUUUAAUUUUGCCAAAUGUCAAAAAGUGAAAAAAAAGGCGGCGCACAUACAGUUUGUGACCUGUUUUUAUACAUUAAAUAUGUACAAAAUUAGAAGUGCCCUGAUAUAAAACACUUAAUCUCGAGAUUAUAUUUAGUAAAAAAACCCCAUCAUUUACAUAUCUCUGUAAGUUCAAAUGUAACUUCUUACAAUCCCUCUCAUUACCAACAGAGGCAAUAAAGCUCCAGUGAAAUUGCCACGA